CCAUUACAUAAGCUUAUUCGCGCGCGAUAUAAAUGUCUUGCUGAAGGUGGCUUGCCUAUUGCUCUCGCAGUUGUGUUCUUUUAAGUUUCUGGAAAUAUUGCACUUUAUUAUUGAUUGAAUAAUAAAUCAACAAAUAGUAUCAAUUCCUCUGACUAGGUAAUGAAUGUUAAUAGUAGUAAUAGAAUGUCUUACCAAGUACAUAAAUGUAUGAGUGCUGUGAUGUAUUCGAAGCGAAAUCUGAUUUGGAGACCAGUCUCCUAUCUGAAGAUUCCGUAAUCUGAGCACUUGCAUUUGUGCAUUUUUAAUAUUGAAAUGUAACACUAUUCUUCGUUUCUAGGGUAUGAUUUGCUCAAAACACACUUCUAAUUUGUUCCAUAAUGUGUUGCGCUGGGCUUCCAGUCAGGCGGUUUUCAAUAGUACAAAUAUACCAGACUUAAAAGGACCAAGGUCUUUAAAUGCUGUUGCCGAGAAAACUCCACAACCAAAUAUUUUGGGCCAUCAUGUUAUUACAGAGGAAUGUUUGACUUCAUUAGUGGAAGAUAAACAAUAUUACGAAACCCCCAUUCUUCAUUUGCUCUCACGAAGAAACAACGUGAUUGCAACACUAACUGAUUGUAAUGGACGAGUUCUGAAUGGCACUAGUUGUGGUGCUGAAGGUUUCCGGAACGCUCGUAAAAUGUCUACUGUUGCUUUUCAAACUGUGGGUAUCUCCAUAGGACUGAAGGCGAAAAAACUUGGGAUUGGAGCUGUGCGUGUUGUAUUUAAUGGGCUAGGGUCAUGUAGGUUGCCUGUGCUCUCAGGUUUGAAUAUCUCGGGACUAAAGAUGAUCUCUUUGACGGAUGAUACAAAAGUUCAUUAUGGCCAUGGGAGAAGACCUAGAAAACAACGUAGGAUUUAAAAGGAACUUUCGCAUCCCUCCUAAUGUAAUCAUAGUAGUGGGAGUGUACAUAAUAUAAACCCUAAAUUUCAGCCUAUUUAUUUGUGCGUCUUCUGUGUGUAGUUGCAAAUUACUUUUCAAGUUUGUGUUAAUGAAACGUUGAGAAAUUCUAUUUACUGGUCGGAAUGUUAGUCAAACUGUCACAUUUGAUGUUAAAAUGCAUCACUCCUAAUGAAGAUGUGUAUCUUAUCGGAACUCCCAAAAAUUUGUAGAAACUCAAGGCAAUUAAAAAAGACGCUUAAUUAGUUCCCUGUCUUAAGUUCUUCCCAAUAAAAGUUAACGUG